AUGACUCUGCCAGAAUUCAAAAUCGUCUUUCCUCCUCCCCCACCUACGACUAACGAACUUACGGCCCAUCAACGCACACAGCUCGUUCGCAAAACGAGAAAGAUAGAGCAGCUACUGGGUACUACCCCAAGGCUCCUCGAUACGUCUACUAGGCCUGGAAGCCCCAUUCACGUCUCAUUCCCUCAUUCCCUACCCCAACGUCGGCUCACUAAGACUCGCCGAUCCUCAAUCGACUCUACAUCCUCUGCAUCCUCAUCCGGCUCCGGUUGUGUUAACCGAUCCUCUUCCCUCCGAGUAUCAAGAUCGAACUCGAAUUUGCGUCCGAUAAAUGGGUUCAAGCAUCUGAGCUCGGAAGCGAGCAUCGCCGAACUGUUUUCCGCGUAUGAGUACGACAAUACCGCUCCUCUUCUGCGGCUUGCUAUGGAGUCCAUGAGCCUGGACACUAUUCCCGCAUCGCCUGAUCCCACCCGCGAAUCGUUUGCAGUCAGCGAGGAGAGACCUGCUUCUACUGUAUUCACCACAGACGAUGCAUCCUCAUCACCCCGAAAUUCCCUCGUGCUGGAACCACCACCCUCUGCAAACAGCCUGCGCAAGCAGAAGAUGGACCGUCUUCGGAAGAAAUUAGGCUCGGACGUGCCCUUCGACCUCGUCUUUCCCAACUCCAGGGAAAGCAGCUCCGAAAAUACUCCCCCGCGCACCCGCGACAAGGCGUGUCCACCUCUGCCGGCCCCUUCACCGCGUCCUGCCAAGAGGCGCAUCGCAUCAUCGCGCGACUCUAUCUCCGAGAGCGUGACCAUCCAUCGCGCCGCGCGGCGUCAGCCCGCCCGCCCGCACUCACCCUCCACUUCUGUGCGAGAUAAUCGUGAGCCUCUGACGUCGACGCGUCACAAGAAGACGCGCUCUGAGCCACAGGCACCGCCCAGCUUACCACCUCUCAAUUUCAAGCGAAAUUUAUCCUUCAUCAUCGAGAGCCCUGAGGAGCAUGGCGCUGGGUGCACUGAGGAGUUUGGAAUCUCUCAUACGUCGUCCAAGUCAGAGAAGACGGAUGUUAAGGCUGGAUGGGUCGUACAGGCGUACAAUGCAGACGACGCCGAAUUCAAGCUGUGGAGCACGAGGAAAGGCUAUGAGGGUUGGAAUGAAAAGAAAGCAAAUCUUGCUCCCAUUUCCACCAUCUACUUCCCUUCUUCGAAUGACAAUGAUAGCUCCCCUUCUUCUGCAUCGUCUUCUCCACGUUCCUCUACAACUCCGGAUGCUGAACUCAAACGACGUUCUUCAAGCUAUCGCAAACCCGCUCCGACUAUUCCCAUCGAGCUGUUUUGA